CUUGUUGUACAUCAAAAAAACCCCACAAGACUUCUGAGUGUGUUCAUGUGUGCAUGUGUUCAAGCCUGGGAGUGGCCAGACUGGUAGUUUUCCUUAGACCGUGAUCCUCACCUGCACUGGCAGCUUUUAGCAGUCGACAUGUACUGACGUUUUGUGGACGAGCGACAUAAUUCAGUGGAAGCUGAACAAACAGCGCGCUGAGAGAAGACGAUACAUGAACACAGCAAAAUAACGACCCAACACAGCUGAGUAACAAUGAGUGAACACCCCAGAGGCAGUAGCUACCACGGGUCCUCCACCCCAGAGCUGAGGCUCGUUCUUCUGGGGAACCUUGGAUGUGGAAAGACGUCAUCCGCAGACACCAUCCUUGGCCAACUGUCCCGCGUCUCUCCUGCUGCCGCCAGGAGCUGCCAGCAGCGUCAGAACAUCAUUGAGGGCAGGAGUGUGACCCUGGUGGAGGCGCCCAGAUGGUACUGGAGCGGCGGCAGGAUGGAGGACAGUGUCAGGAAGGAGACGGAGCGAGCGAUGACUCUGGUGGCACCAGGUCCACAUGCUAUUUUGCUGCUGGUUCCAGUUUGCCAGUUCACAGAGAUGGAGGGUUGUGUACCGGCGGAGCUGGAGGAGGUGUUCGGGGCUGAGUCACUGGAUCACACCCUGGUCCUGUUGACAUGUGGGGACUACUUGAUGGGAAAAACAGUGGAGGAGUACCUGCAGAAAGAACACCCAGGCCUGCGGCAGAUAAUCGAGCGCUGUGGGGGAAGGCACCAUGUCUUCAACAAUCGUCGGCGACAGGACAGGGAGCAGGUCCUUGAGCUGCUGGAGAAGGUGGACAAUAUGGUGCAGCAGAACGGGGUAUACCACAGGAAAACCGUCCAGGAGCGAGAGCUGGAGAAACGAGUGACAGAGAGACGACGGGAACUUAUGGAAAGUUACAGAUCUCAAAAGGAAGAAAGAAAAGAGGUCGCGUUAACGCGCACCACGAACACAGAAACACAGAGGAGUGUAAACAGAGGAGAGGAGUUCAGCUCCACCGUGGAGAGGGCGACAAGACCAGUGAGAGAUGAGAUGGAGGGAAGAGUAGGAAGUAGUCUAGGGUCUAAUGGGCUUCAUUCAACUCCAGCACCAGAACGACAGUCAUAUUCAUCACAGCUGCAUGAUGACAGGCAGGUGAAGAGGACGCCCAGUUUCGAACUGAAUGCAGAUGGAGCUGUACUCUCACAAAUGUCAACUCCGAAAAUGACCACUACUUUUCAUCACAGAAUCAACAGCUUUGAAGAGAGAUCCCCUGAGCCAUCUCCAACUUCUUCUCCUCCUUUGCCCGUCUUCUCCUCCUCCCCUUCCUCUCCAACCUUUGCUGCCUCUUCUUCCUCAUUCCCCCCAUCCUCCUCCCCCUCCUCAACAACCACAUUCCCCUCAUCCUCCUCAUCAUCCACAUUCCCCUCAUCC